AUGGUUGAUGACAUUGGAGAUCUAUUUGAAUUGAGUAAAAAUAAAGUUGGUCUAAAACUUAUUAGUGUUUUAUUAUUUAUGACUCUUCGACAUUUCGGUAUCAGUUGGCUUCAAUGCAAUGAAUUUUUCAAGAAAAUUGGGGCAUUGACAGCUGAAACAGCCAACAAAUGGACUAAUGUUUUUUUAUCUGGUGGUUUUAAUGAGUUUUUUAGGGAAGGACGGGGUGGAAAACGUACUUCCAGUUUUUAUGAUAUUUUUCCUGAUAUUGAAUCAUUAGCUAAAGCUUAUUCUGUUCGACGAUGUGCUGAAAAGGCAGCUGAUUUUGAUGCAUUCGAGUUAAGUAAAUUCAUAGAUGACCAAUUUUAUAUAUUAACUGGUAUUAAAAAAAAUGCCAAUGAUCCAUUGAUUCGUUCAGUUAAAUCCUGUCGUUUGGAUCUUCGAAGAUGGGGUGCCCGUUUUGAAUCUAAUUCACAACGUCCCUACUUUGAAGGUCAUGAGCGACCGGAUGUAGUACAGCAUCGUCAAGCGUUUUUACAACAUUUUCUUACACGAAAAAAUUCAUAUUACUUAAUUAGUGAAGGUGCGCAACCAAAAUGGCAAAUGCCCACGACUGGGACGCCAACUAUUUUACUUUUUCACGAUGAGAGCACCUUUCGAAGCGGUGAAGUAUCAGCUAAACGCUGGAUGUUUGAUGGUCAGGGUCCAUUUUAUUCCAAAGGACGUGGUAGAUCUAAUAUGCCAUCCGAGUUUUUGGUCAUGCACAAAUCAGGUCCAUUUUUCCAGUUAAGUCCAGCUGAAUAUGAAAAAGCAUUACAUAAAUAUCCAGAAUUAGACGGUGAACAAGAUAUUGAUUAUGUAGCACGUUCUGCGAGUGCAUCGAUUCACGUCGGUUCUGAUGUAUAUUUUGAUAAUUCAACUAUAUUAGCACAAUUCGAGAGAUUAUUUAAAUUAUUAAAAUUCAAAGAAUGUUUUAACAAUCAUAAAAUUGAAAUUAUCGUAGACAAUGCUCGUACUCAUUCAGCUCGUGCUUAUAGUUUAUCAGAUUUUGGAAAAGGAAUCUCAACUCGAUGUCCUGUUGAUCGCCUAGAAUGGGUAGAUGAAAACGGUGCUACACAAUCAUUAUCAUGUUAUUUUGAACAUGGAUCUAAUCGAGGAAAAUCUAAGGGUUUAUUUCAAAUUACCGUAGAGCUUAAUUGUAAUCCUUCACCUAAAGCAAAAUUGACUGAACUAUGUCAGUUACUUUCUGAUCAUCCUGCAUUCCAAACCGUAACUUUUUUCAGCUGA